AUGGCUUCUACAAUUCCUCUUACGGCAAAAACUCUGACUAAGUAUAUGCAACUGGACUUUGCAGAGGAGAUGUUAACCCAGAUGUUUGCCGUGAUUGUCUCAAUAAUGCCACGUCUCUUCUCACGCAGUUUUGUCCCGAUCAAAAGGAGGCAAUUGGAUGCCAAUUGCGUGGACCAAUUCAACGAUGAUCUUAGUACCUUGUUGGAAAGCCUAAGAAGGGAAGCUGUAGCAGGUGGUUCUCUUCGUAAGUUUGCAGCGGGAAACGCAACAGCACCGAACUUUCAAACAUUAUAUGCACUUGUACGGUACACACCUGAUUUGUCUGAGAAAGAUUGCAGCGAUUGCUUACGUGGGGCGAUCGAAGGUAUUCCACAAUGUUGUGAUGGGAAGCAAGGUGGGAGAGUCGUUAAUCCAAGCUGUAAUAUCAAGUUUGAGGUCUACCCAGUACCCAUUCUAUAA